UAUACUUUUUUUUCGGUUUAUAAGGCUUAUCUCAAAAUUUUAGUUUUUUCAUUUUAUAGGGCUCAAUUUGAUUGUUUCUCAUCACAAGUUUAGAUUUCAAGGUGUAUUAAAUAAUUAAAUGCAAGUAUUAAGAGAAAAUUGGCCAAUGCAUGUGCUUUAUGCAUGCAUGCAUUGUAAUUAAUACAUUGGUAAACAUAAACUUUUGAGAAAAAUAAGAGCAUUAAUUGGGUGGUUUUACAAAUUACAAAAAAUAUUGCACCACUCACCAUCUAUCUUGGUUGAUGAGAUUUUUGAAUUGAGCCCUAUAAACCGAAAAGGAGGGAGUACGUCGGACCCAAAUAUCUCUUUCUAUUCGUCUUCGCUUCAACAUAUCUCGCUCCUGCAUGUAUCUCGUUCCUUGAGCUUAAAUUCAAAGUUUUUUCUUUUCCAUACAAUCCAAAUUUGGACUUAAAUUUAAAGAUGAGUAGAUGACAUACAAGUUCAUUCAGUUCAAGUGAACUCGUAAUCCCUUUUACUCAAAAAAAGUUCAUUCAGUUCAAUACACACACUUAAUAUCUCCGCAAAAAAACACAUUUAAUUUUCUGGGAUCAAUAUCAAAGGAUUUCAUUCAUAUUAAUGUUUUAGGAGUAUUUUUUUAGGAAAAUGAGGUUUUUGUUUUUUGGCGAGAGAUAUUUUGGUUCAGUUCUUUUUGUUAAGAAAAGUUCUGUUUUUCCUUUGAGCAAAAGAUUUUGGUUCGCUUCGUAAAUCGAUUGGGUCAGCCAAGUGCAAUGUUGGCCCACGUAACGCACCAGCCUUUUAGGCCCCAGGCACCUUUUUUUGACAAUUGGGCCCAGGCACCUAGUAGUAGUACCACACUGCAGAUACCCAAACACCCAGUCGCUUCCGUCGUACAGCCGCCGUAACCCCAGCACCGGCGGCGGCCUCAGCAGGCCACCCCCUCAAUGUACAGACGCGCCGUACUCCCGCCCGGCGCCGAGAUGCUACCACUGGCUAUGGGCAACGGCUGCACCACCCACGGUCCCUCUGAGGCUCUGACCUCUGUUGACCCAGCGGACCGCCAUGGCCUCCAUCCUUGCUGCAGCUAGCGGCAAAGCCUCCUUAGCUCUCGCCCACAAGGUACUCUUUCUCGCGACUCCACUGGCUGGCUAGUGGGUACGGAGUGGCAGGGCAAAAAAAUAUUUCAAGUUAUUUUUGUAUGUACGGAAGUUAGGAAAGCCGAAAGAAUCUGUUAUGCCGAUGCACGACAUAACUCUAGAAUAUGGACGUGGCUAGGGAGCGCUGCUGCGUUCGUUUGUUGUCUAGAGCGCAACGAUGUACACUAGAAAAGGAAAUUGUUUCACAACAUCCCGUAGCAUACAUGUGUGCCGAUUGAAUCAGCCUAAAUCCUGUCCCCACAUGCAUUUAUUUCGGAGUUUGAAAGUUGUAAAAGCCUUAACUUUUGAUUCAAGCAUCGAAAUCCAGUUCCAUUUUCACCGUCAGAUUUCUGACGACGAGUUCUUCAAAACUAGAUCUUAUAUGAGUAGGUUUCGUCAAACUUUUUUUGAGGGCAAUUUUGGAUGCAAUGGAGGCAACUAUAGUGCUAUACGGAAGCAACUUCUUCUUUUUCGCCUAGUUGGACUGACUAUUAUGUUGGUUUGCGUAAAAACGAGAAAAAACACACAAAACAUAAGGCAUAUUUAGUGCGACUUCACUGCACUAUGUGUAUCUGUGAGUUUUGUUAACAUUAUCCCAACUUGCCUAUCAUGACUGCUCAAUUGCCUACUGUUGAUACUUAGUUGCCUAUAGUUGAUGUUCAAUUUACUAUAAAUGGUAUAAAUUGCCUAUAUUUAUGUCUAGUUGACUGCUAUCGGUAAUUAGUUGCCUACAAUUGCUUCGCAGUUGCCUAAAUUUUCAAAAUAGUUGCCUACAAUAUUAUGAAGUUGUUUAUCAUUGUUUUUCUAAGUUGCCUACAAAUACUCUGAAGUGGCCAAGAUUCACCAUCGUGUUAUCUAUCAUAGCUAGCAAUAACAAACACAAGAGCAUCAUCAGUAGACAACAUCAUAGUAUUAUAAGCCAUUUAGAAACAAACGACGACAUACGAGUAUGAACAAUAGGCAACUUAGAAGUACUGGUGAGGAAGUUAGGAGAGUGUUACAUAAAAUUAACUAGGACAUAAAAUGUAGUGAAGUUGCCUGCUUUUAGGACUGAAGUUGCCUCUUAUCGAAGGAAAGUUACUUAUGAAGGUGAUGUGAUAUUAUCUACCUCCAUUUCGAAGUUGUUCUGUAUUGUUAGUUGGUUGCUUAUUGUUGCUAAUUAGUUAUUUUUAGGAGUGACGUUGAUUCUAUUUAGAACUAAAGUUGCCUCAUCUAGAGUAAAAGUUGGUUUUGGAAAACAAAAUCAAAGGAACAUAUCCAUAUGGGGUUUAGUUUUGACCUGGCUAGCCAACUCAUGUGUUUCGCAUCAUUAUAUCUGAAGAUUUUAAUGAUUUUCACAUACUACUCGAUCAAAAAUUAAGAACUUGCAUAGGUUUGCGGGAAAUUGUCUAAUCCGUCCCCUUGUCAUUAACCCCUAUGCAACUUCUUAUCUAAUAGUCGCGACCUGGCUAGCCCACAAAAGCACGCUCCGUAGCGUUAGCAACUUAUGUCCAAAGUCACCUAUAUAUGAAACUAAGUUGUAUGCAACUAAAGAUGAUGUUAAGCUACUAGCUAGUCAUGGUAGCCAUCUUAGGAUAUUGUUAGCCUGCCUUGAAAACUAAGUUGCCUACAAUACUAUGAACUUAGAGGCGAAGCUAGUUAUGAUAGACUACUUACUAGUUAUGGUAGGAAACUUAAAGAGUGAAGGUAGUUAACUUGGUAGUCACGAUAGUCAACUUCAAAGGGAUUUUCGUUGAUAGCCGAUCAUAUACUACACAUACCAAGAAGAAGUCGUUUUUUUAUAGCACUAAAGUUGCCUCCGCAACAUCUGAAGUUGCUUUAAAAAAAGUUUGUCGAAACAUAUCAAUAUGAGAUCUAGUUUUGAAGAACUCAUCGCGACAAACACAAUGGUGAAAACGGAAUUGAAAUUCGACACUCGAGUCAAAAGUUAUAGAUUUUAGAAAAAUUUGAAGCUCCAAAUAAAUGCCUGCACGUGGGAUCUUGCUGAAUAGCGAGGCGGAUGGGAACGUGAAGAUGUGAGGGGACCAACUGACCAGGUACUUUUUCUAUUGGACGUGGCUAGAGGGCGCACGAGCGCCAGUUGUUAGGAUCGAGCGCUUUUCUAAAUAUGGAAGGAGCAAUUGACGCGCCUGACGUGGUACACAAAAAAAGAAUCUUGUCCCGACGUGCAUUUAUUUGAGGAUCCAAAAUGUUUAAAAAAUUGUAAUUUUUGUUUUAAGCGUCGAAAUCCAGUUUCGUUUUCACAUUUGGGUUUCUCGCGAUGAGUUCUUCAAAACUAGAUCUCAUAUUGAUAGGUUUCGUCGAACUUUUUUUUGAGGCAACUUUGGGUCUGAUGAAGGCAACUUUAGUGGUAUAAGAAGGAACUUCAUUUUUUACCUAGCAGGCAUGCCUAUUAGGUUGGUUUGUGUAAAAACAAGAAAAUCACACAAAACAUGAGGCACCUUUAGUGCUACAUAUAAGCAACUUCAUUGCACUAUGUGUAUGAAUGGAUUUUGCUAACAUUAUCACAACUUGCCGACCAUGGUUGCUCAGUUGCCUAUCGUGUAUGCCGUGUUGCCUACAAUGCUAUGAAAUUGGCCUAUCAUCGACGUCUAGUUACCUUCUAUUGGUAAUUAGUUACCUACCAUUGCUGCUCGGUUGUCUAACUUUGCAAAUUAGUUGCCUACAAUAUUAUGAAGUUGCUUAUCGUUGUAUUUUUUAAGUUGCCCCAAAACACUAUGAAGUUGCCUAUUAAUGAUGCUUAGUUGACUGCCAUUACUAUUUUAGUUUCCUAUAAUAUAUUAAAAAGUUGUUCGUCAAUGUUGCCAAGUUGCCUAUAUAUGAAACUAAGUUGCUUACCACACUGAAAAGGUGUUAUAUGCAAUUUCGGAUAAUGUUAGGCUACUCACUAGUCAUGGCAGGCAACCUAGGAUAACGUUAGGCUACCUCAGAAAGUAAGUUUCCUAUAGCACUAUCAACUUGGAGAUGAAGGUAGCUAUGGUAGAAUACUUGUUGGUCAUGGUAGAAAACUUUGAGAUUGUUAUGCACUCGAGUGACACACAAAAAAGUUAGCAAGUUUUGGGGUGUGUUUAUACAACUACAAUGCACUCACCAGACUACUCCUGUGUACUUUGAGUUAGUAUCUAAAAAAAGCAACCACAUAUAGAAAAAUAUAAAUUCACCAUUGAUGGGCUAUUGGAGGCAAAACGAGGACAAUAACUUUAAGAUUGUUAUGCACUCGAGUAUCACACAAAAAAAAGUUAGCAACUUUUAAGGUGUUUUCGUGCAACUACAGUGCAUUCAACAAGCAACUAAUGUGUGUUUUUCAUCAUUAUAUCUGGAGAUUUUAAUGAUUUUUGCUGACAACUCGUGCCAAAAUUAUGAACAACUUGUGUAGUUUUGCGGGCAACUGUCUAAUCCGCACCCUAUGAAAUUUCUCAUCACCCCCUAUGCAACUUCUCAUCUGUCCUCACUUUUGCAACUAGUCAACACCCGCGACCUAGCUAGCUAACACACGCGCGUUCAUUAGCGUAGGCUGGUAGACUACCCCAGAAAAGGUAAGAAAAAAGCUGUCAUACCAUCCAUCCCCACAUAGUUCGGAAUUUGGAUCACGAUAGAAACCUUAGAUCCCACAAAAACUUUUCGACAUUGUCACUUAUGUCCCUUGAUGGACGACUUUCAUAGUAUUUUAUGCAAUUGGGGAUCAUUCGUAGGCAACUUCAUAGCAAUAUAGACAACUUGGUUUCUGAGGCUGACAACUUAGAAGCCAUGUUAGACAACUUUCCACUCUACGGUAAACAAGUUUCACAGUAUCAUUGGCAAGUAAACUAUCUACAAAUUAGUUUUCGAUGUAUGCAACUUAGCAACCAUGGUAACAAUCUAUUAGACUACUACGCACAACUAUUAGUAGGCUACUAGAUGAAUUCACUAAUACACACGAUGCAAUUCAUCUAGCAUCAAAGUUGCUCCUAUUUAGCACUAAAGUUGCCUCAUUUAGCAUCGAAGUUGCUUUUGAAAAAAAAACUUCAAAACAUAUUCAUAUGGGAUCUUGUUUUGAAGCGUUUGUCAUGGGGAACCCAACGGUGAAAACCGAUCAUCAUUCCAACACGUGGUUUGAAAGUUAUAGCUUUUUGAAUUUUUCUCAUACUGGAAUUAAUGCAUGUUACGUCAUCAUUGCAUUGACGUGUUUGAUCAGACCACAUGGAGAAAAAUCAACGCAUUGUUGUGGAGGAAUCUUUUCAUAUAUAGAAUGGAUGGGUGGGAAUUUUUUUCCAAAUCUGGGUGAUGAUUGUGUGGGUCGCGAGCCAUCGAAUGACUGCAGCGCGUGCGCUUGACUUCGCUAGAGAGCGCAGCUGCACUUUUAAGCAUUCAGGUUUUCUAUUUCGUCAGGUAUCGUCUUUUGAAACACAGGGGCUAAUAGCAAUGCAAUCGGAUUAAGAAAACUGAGAUCGGACGGCUUAAACGGAUGCGCUUGCUCCAACCAAAUGAGAAAAAUUCACUGUAGGUCACAAAACUUGAGUCGGCUGACACUUAAGUACCACUACUUCAAAAUACCUGAAAUACAGUCCAUCUACUUGCGCAGGGGGUUCACUUUGGUCCGUAUAUACGAUUAGAGCUACGUAUUUGCUGACUUGGCCGAGUCAGCCGUUGCCAGCUGUGCUUUGACCGCCACUUGUGCAGCACCUCUCGGGGGGGGGGGCGUUAAUACUAGAUGGCUGGAGGUUUUUUUUUGCAAAUGCGCGCACCUGGUCGGACUGCACCAGGUCGCUCCUGUCUCCUCCCUCCCGCAACCCACCUGGUCGCCCUGCCUUAUCCCCUCUCGCUCUCCGCUUCCUCUCCUCCGAACCCUAGCCAACUCCCGUCCGCGCCGCCUCCAUCGCCUUCCGCCGCCACAGCCAUUGCCGACGCCCUCCUCCGCCUCCUCUGUCUCCUCCUUCAUGUCGUCUUCCAGCUCCAUCCGCUCAGCGCUGCAUGGCCGCUCCGUUGCUGUACCACUGAUCGGGUGCCCGGAUUGCGGCGAGCAGGUGAGGUUCUACCGGUCUAGCACCGAUGAGCACGAUGGAUGGAUCUUCUACAAGUGCGUGAACCACCAUGUCACUUGUGAUCUCUGGCACUGGGAGCUUGAGUAUGUGCAGCAUCUGGUUGAAACAAGGCUUCUGGUUGGUGAUGCUGUUGUAGAUGCAAUUGGUGCUAUUGAGGACAAGAGGGAAGAGCUUGAGAGGCAGAGGACUGAAUCAAUGGCAGGCAGAGGCACAGCUGGAAGGGUCAUGGCUGGAAGAGGUAGGGCUGGAAGACAUAAUUAUGGCAGCUCUAGUGAGAAUAAGUAUGCUACCAAGCAGCAAAUUGCUAUGCUUUUAGGCUUUGGUCCACCAGUCGACCACCACCACCAGAUCCCCUUCUUCUUCCUCAUCUUUCAUCUUCAAGUUCGUGCACCACCAGAUCCCUUCUCUCCUCUGUCCAAUAGCCCCAACAGACCCCCUUGUCAUCUUCAGCUAGCAGGAACCAUGGUGUCCUGGGAUGAUCUUCCCAGUUCUUCUGAAGAUGACUCUGUGACCAGCAAGCCACCUGCCACAAUAUCCUAUGAGGAAUGGAGUGGCUUGGCUACAGAUCUGCCUAGCUUUAGAUGUGGGCAUGGAUCUUUGUGUGAGAAGAAUGUGGCAUUUGAAUCUGUUGAUACUGGAAGAAGGUUUCUAGCUUGUGCACAAAAGGUUCUUGAAGAGAAGAAGAAGAAGAUGGAGAAUGAGUUGAGGCAUUUCAAGCUUGAUUUUGCUAAGAUGGUGGCUGAGAAGGAGCAGGCAAUGAGCCAACUAGGCAGCACACAACUUACUCUGACUGAUCUAAAGGAAGAACUUGAGAAGAAGAAGAUUGCAGACAAGUUAGUAACCAACAUUCACCAGGUAUUCAGGGUUAAAGCAGAGAAAGAGAGGGACCAAGCAGUGCAAGAGAGGGAUGACUUGAAGCAUGAGAAAAGGAAGCUUGAGUACAUGAUUUAUGACCUAUUCAAACACAAAGAGGCCACCAAGGAGAAGAUAAGGAAGCUGAAGGGCAUACUGAAUGAAUUUGAUUGA